AUGCCGCACAGAGCAGAGACAGACACAGGUCAACUUCAUGCAUGCAACCUGUCUUUACGCGGCAACAGAGAUGCCUGCCGACAGGCUUUUCUUUUGCCAGACUUCCCCAUUGCCGGCUGCCUGCGCUCAACGUGGGGCGCAGUGACGAUGAUCGCGAGGUUCGUCAUCGCUGCUCAUUCUGCCGGCUCUCACCUACUUCGACUUUGCUCUGGUCAAUUGCUCUCGUCCUCUACGAUCUACCACCAACAACGCAUCUACGACACCACAAGCCCUGCCCCUCUGCUCCGUCUCCGCCUGGUUCGAGGGCCUCCAGCGAAGAUGAUGACGCAAUUGCCGCUGCAAACCACCGACGAUGCCCCUCCCGAUAUCGACAGCCUCAAUAGCUCCCAGCAUCGAGAGCCACGAAGAGGGCAGAACGAGACAGCCAGCGAGCAACCGGCAUCGGGAGCAUCCGAUUCUACACAGGACAAAGGCCCCGACAAGGCAAAGAUUGAGGCGAACAUGCAGCUGUUCGAGAAGUACAUCACCAUGGCAGAGGUGGAGGCAAGCGGGGACCGAUUGUACGACAAAUAUGGGAGGAAACCAAAAGAAUAA